AUGGGAAUCUGGAAUAACUAUGAAAAACACACUGAAAUAAUUGUGUUUGACUGGAACAAAAUUCUUGCAAAGUCCCCAAGGAUGAGAUUCUGUGCCAAAUCAAUGCUUCUAUCUGACUGGCUCUUUCUGGUCUAUGUGUUAAUGGUCUGCUGUAAAUUGUUGUCCGCCUCUAGCCACCAUCCCCGGGGGCACACAGGCCAGCACCAAGUCAAGCAAGGGACAUGUGAAGUUGUGGCAGUGCAUCGUUGCUGCAAUAAGAACCGGAUUGAAGAACGAUCGCAAACAGUCAAGUGUUCCUGCUUCCCAGGGCAGGUGGCUGGUACGACAAGGGCUCAGCCCUCGUGUGUGGAAGCUUCCAUUGUCCUACAGAAGUGGUGGUGUCACAUGAAUCCCUGUUUGGAUGGAGAGGACUGUAAAGUACUACCAGACUAUUCAGGUUGGUCUUGCAGCAGUGGAAAUAAAGUCAAAACCACAAAGAUGCUACACCUGAAAGUUGACCUCUACGCGCUAGAAUCAGUACGGGUAGCUGCAGACAGUUAUUGA